AUGACCACAGGAUCAAAUGCUCCAUAUAACGAACAACAGAAUUUCCCAGUUAUAAAUUCCGCCAUAUACAUGAUCAUAAAAACAGACACUCUGAUAGAAAAUCUGGAACAGAGCAUCGCACAAGACUCUCCGGGGAACACUACCGGGAGAUUAAAGCCCAGGGCGCAUAUCCAUUGCGCAAACAUCAAAGAUUCAUACAAUGCACAUGAGAUCCAUAAACCACUAAGGAAACGCAGAGGAUACCUUGAGAUCCGUACAAGAGGAUCAGCAGAGUGGAUGAAAUGGGCGUUCACUGGCAUAUGUUCAGAGGAUUACGAUGGGAGAAUUGCAUGCAUGAAAGUAGACACCAUGUAA